AUUUAUACAAAUAAUUAUAUUUAUGCGCCUAUACUGUUCGAUCGUUAUACGUAAGAGAGCACUAAUAAUCUAAAGAUUUAACUUUUGUCGAUGAAACGUAAUAUUUUUGCGACACAAUAGCUUCAACAAAUUUGUUAUUUAUCGCAGUUUGCGACAUUCGCUACUGCAAAUUGCACCCCGCAGUUUGUCAUCGAGGUUCUCUCUAUCGUGUUUCUCUUCAUCAUUUAUGCGAUCAAGUAUACUUCAUAUUGUGUUCAUCUAAAGACUGUAAGUAGAUCGUUCCCAUAUUGACAAUUACUCGCAUUGAGAGGCACUUCUCGUUACGAUUCUCUCCUCACUGUAUAAAAAUUACUCGCAUAAUUUCGCAAAACUAAAUGUCACGGAAAAUUAUUGCGAUGGCAGAUAAAAUAUUUGCUGGAACUGCUUCAACGUAUUUACGAUGAGCUGAAGGAUGAGGUCGAAAUGUCUAUUAUGGAAGAAUACGGGAAUAUGGCGAGAUAUCACACUGGCAUACUCACGCUUAUAUCUACGUUCGGUGUGUCUGUCUUCAUAUUAUGCCCUUUCUGGUUGCGGAUAUUCGACAUCGUAUGGCCCGCGAACGAAGUUCGACCUCAUUCGUGGAUACAUAUUCCUACGGAGUACUUCAUCGACCAAGAAAAGUAUUACUAUUUCAUCGUGCUGCACACAAACGUAGCUUUUUGUGUGGGUUCAACUGCACUGGUAGCAGUCGGGACGACAAGCAUGUCAUAUUUUCUACACAUCUGCGGGAUGUUUAAAGUCGCCAGUUACCGCGUGGAACAGGCCAUGAUGAUCUGCAAGCUGGAGGUCGGCAGCGCGGGGAGUGAGACUCUGAUUCAUAAACAGAUAGUUUGCGCCAUAGAUAUGCAUCGCAAAGCUACGUGGUCUAUACGAUAUUUUAUUUCCAAACUGCAAGUAUUCUACUUCCUCUUAUUAUUGUGCACAGUAAUCUCCAUAAGUCUUAAUCUUUUUCGUAUAGUAACAAGUGGAUUCGAUUUUGAGAAACUGGUAAUACCUUGCAUUUGUUUGGGUAGCCUUAAGCUCUACAUAGUAAUUGCUAACAAUAACGCGCAACAAGUUAUGGAUCACAAUGAGGACAUGUUUGUUACUGUGUAUAACGUCAAAUGGUACAAUGCUCCUUUACGUAUACAAAAGAUGAUUUUGUUCAUGUUGCAAAGGGGCAGCAAACCUUUUUACGUAAUUAUCGGUGGAAUGUUCAUAGGAUCCUUAGAAAGCGCUGCCAAGUUGUUGAGCGCGUCGAUGAGUUACUUCACUGUCCUUUAUUCAACACGGCAAAAUAUAUAGUGCAGUAGAAUAAUCGACGCGGGAAGUUACACUGAUUUUCUUUAAUUAAAUCUAAAAAUG